AUGCGGCCGCUGAGAGGCCCGGUGACGCUGAGAGGCCCGGUGAAGCUGAGAGGCCCGGUGACGCUGAGAGGCCCGGUGACGCUGAGAGGCCCGGUGACGCUGAGAGGCCCGGUGACGCUGCGAGGCCCGGUGACGCUGAGAGGCCCAGUGACGCUGAGAGGCCCGGUAACGCUGAGAGGCCCGGUGACGCUGAGAGGCCCAGUGACGCUGAGAGGCCCGGUGAAGCUGAGAGGCCCGGUGACGCUGAGAGGCCCGGUGACGCUGAGAGGCCCGGUGACGCUGAGAGGCCCGGUGACGCUGAGAGGCCCGGUGACGCUGCGAGGCCCGGUGACGCUGAGAGGCCCAGUGACGCUGAGAGGCCCGGUAACGCUGAGAGGCCCGGUAACGCUGAGAGGCCCGGUGACGCUGAGAGGCCCAGUGACGCUGAGAGGCCCGGUGACGCUGAGAGGCCCGGUGACGCUGAGAGGCCCGGUGACGCUGAGAGGCCCGGUGACGCUGAGAGGCCCGGUGACGCUGAGAGGCCCGGUGACGCUGAGAGGCCCGGUGACGCUGAGAGGCCCGGUGACGCUGAGAGGCCCGGUGACGCUGAGAGGCCCGGUGACGCUGAGAGGCCCGGUGAAGCUGAGAGGCCCGGUGACGCUGAGAGGCCCGGUGACGCUGAGAGGCCCGGUGACGCUGAGAGGCCCGGUGACGCUGCGAGGCCCGGUGACGCUGAGAGGCCCAGUGACGCUGAGAGGCCCGGUAACGCUGAGAGGCCCGGUGACGCUGAGAGGCCCAGUGACGCUGAGAGGCCCGGUGAAGCUGAGAGGCCCGGUGACGCUGAGAGGCCCGGUGACGCUGAGAGGCCCGGUGACGCUGAGAGGCCCGGUGACGCUGAGGCCCGGUGACGCUGCGAGGCCCGUGACGCUGAGAGGCCCGGUGAAGCUGAGAGGCCCGGUGACGCUGAGAGGCCCGGUGACGCUGAGAGGCCCGGUGACGCUGAGAGGCCCGGUGACGCUGAGAGGCCCGGUGACGCUGAGAGGCCCGGUGACGCUGAGAGGCCCGGUGACGCUGAGAGGCCCGGUGACGCUGAGAGGCCCGGUGACGCUGAGAGGCCCGGUGACGCUGAGAGGCCCGGUGACGCUGAGAGGCCCGGUGACGCUGAGAGGAGGCCCGGUGACGCUGAGAGGCCUGGUGACGCUGAGCGGCCCGGUGACGCUGAGAGGCCCGGUGACGCUGAGAGGCCCGGUGACGCUGAGAGGCCCGGUGACGCUGAGAGGCCCGGUGACGCUGAGAGGCCCGGUGACGCUGAGAGGCCCGGUGAUGCUGAGAGGCCCGGUGACGCUGAGAGGCCCGGUGACGCUGAGAGGCCCGGUGAAGCUGAGAGGCCCGGUGACGCUGAGAGGCCCGGUGACGCUGAGAGGCCCGGUGAAGCUGAGAGGCCCGGUGACGCUGAGAGGCCCGGUGACGCUGAGAGGCCCGGUGACGCUGAGAGGCCCGGUGACGCUGAGAGGCCCGGUGAAGCUGAGAGGCCCGGUGACGCUGAGAGGCCCGGUGAAGCUGAGAGGCCCGGUGACGCUGAGAGGCCCGGUGACGUGGAGAGGCCCGGUGAUGCUGAGAGGCCCGGUGAUGCUGAGAGGCCCGGUGACGCUGAGAGGCCCGGUGACGCUGAGAGUGCGAGCUCCAGGCGGGAGCGAGAGAAGCUCCUCCCACCCGGCGUCAGGAGCUUCAAGCACCAAGAGGCGUUCACAGCUCCUCCCACCCGGCGUCAGGAGCUUCAAGCACCAAGGGGCGUUCACAGCUCCUCCCACCCGGCGUCAGGAGCUUCAAGCACCAAGGGGCGUUCACAGCUCCUCCCACCCGGCGUCAGGAGCUUCAAGCACCAAGAGGCGUUCACAGCUCCUCCCACCCGGCGUCAGGAGCUUCAAGCACCAAGAGGCGUUCACAGCUCCUCCCACCCGGCGUCAGGAGCUUCAAGCACCAAGAGGCGUUCACAGCUCCUCCCACCCGGCGUCAGGAGCUUCAAGCACCAAGAGGCGUUCACAGCUCCUCCCACCCGGCGUCAGGAGCUUCAAGCACCAAGAGGCGUUCACAGCUCCUCCCACCCGGCGUCAGGAGCUUCAAGCACCAAGAGGCGUUCACAGCUCCUCCCACCCGGCGUCAGGAGCUUCAAGCACCAAGAGGCGUUCACAGCUCCUCCCACCCGGCGUCAGGAGCUUCAAGCACCAAGAGGCGUUCACAGCUCCUCCCACCCGGCGUCAGGAGCUUCAAGCACCAAGAGGCGUUCACAGCUCCUCCCACCCGGCGUCAGGAGCUUCAAGCACCAAGAGGCGUUCACAGCUCCUCCCACCCGGCGUCAGGAGCUUCAAGCACCAAGAGGCGUUCACAGCUCCUCCCACCCGGCGUCAGGAGCUUCAAGCACCAAGGGGCGUUCACAGCUCCUCCCACCCGGCGUCAGGAGCUUCAAGCACCAAGAGGCGUUCACAGCUCCUCCCACCCGGCGUCAGGAGCUUCAAGCACCAAGGGGCGUUCACAGCUCCUCCCACCCGGCGUCAGGAGCUUCAAGCACCAAGAGGCGUUCACAGCUCCUCCCACCCGGCGUCAGGAGCUUCAAGCACCAAGAGGCGUUCACAGCUCCUCCCACCCGGCGUCAGGAGCUUCAAGCACCAAGAGGCGUUCACAGCUCCUCCCACCCGGCGUCAGGAGCUUCAAGCACCAAGAGGCGUUCACAGCUCCUCCCACCCGGCGUCAGGAGCUUCAAGCACCAAGGGGCGUUCACAGCUCCUCCCACCCGGCGUCAGGAGCUUCAAGCACCAAGAGGCGUUCACAGCUCCUCCCACCCGGCGUCAGGAGCUUCAAGCACCAAGGGGCGUUCACAGCUCCUCCCACCCGGCGUCAGGAGCUUCAAGCACCAAGAGGCGUUCACAGCUCCUCCCACCCGGCGUCAGGAGCUUCAAGCACCAAGAGGCGUUCACAGCUCCUCCCACCCGGCGUCAGGAGCUUCAAGCACCAAGAGGCGUUCACAGCUCCUCCCACCCGGCGUCAGGAGCUUCAAGCACCAAGAGGCGUUCACAGCUCCUCCCACCCGGCGUCAGGAGCUUCAAGCACCAAGAGGCGAGCGGCAGCCGUCGGACCUCUCCCACGGCGCACGUAAACACUCGGGCUGUUUCCGACUGUUUCCUGUCUCUCACGUGUCUCCGUGAUCCGAACCGGUCUCUGCUUCUCUCCCACUGCCCCAAAGAUCCGGUGGACAUGUCCCCGGGCCGCUCCUCCCGUAGCCCCGCGUUAGCCCCGCGUUAG